AGUGGGUCAUCGCGCAAGCGCGCUGCGUGGCGGCCGGAGCGGGGGAGGGGCGCGCCCGUCGGAGCCGCGGGGAGGCUGAGGGAAGGCCGAGCGGGCGUAGCGGAUCGUCGCCGAGGAGCCGCUAUGGAGGCGCGGGGGCAGCCGCAGUCGCCAGCAGCGGACCGGAUGAGCCAGGGGGACGCCAACCCGGCGGCCACGGCCCACAUCGCGGAAGACGUGCAGGGCGACGACCGGUGGAUGUCCCAGCACAACCGCUUCGUCUUGGACUGCAAGGACAAGGAGCCCGACGUGCUCUUCGUGGGCGACUCCAUGGUCCAGUUGCUGCAGCAAUACGAGAUAUGGCGAGAACUUUUUUCACCAUUACAUGCACUGAAUUUUGGGAUUGGUGGAGACACUACAGGACAUGUUUUGUGGAGACUGAAGAACGGUGAACUGGAAAAUAUUAAGCCCAAGGUCAUUGUUGUUUGGGUUGGAACAAACAACCAUGAAAACACAGCAGAGGAAGUAGCUGGUGGAAUAGAGGCCAUCGUGAGACUGAUCAAUACCCGGCAGUCCCAGGCUAAAAUUAUCGUACUGGGCCUGCUCCCUCGAGGCGAGAAGCCAAACCCCCUGCGGCAGAAGAACUCCAAGGUGAACCAGCUCUUGAAGACCUCCCUGCCAAAGCUGGCCGGUGUCCAGCUGCUGGAUGUGGAUGGAGGCUUUGUGCACUCGGAUGGCACCAUUUCAUGCCACGACAUGUUCGAUUUUCUGCACCUAACGGGUGCCGGCUACACAAAGAUCUGCAAACCCCUCCAUGAACUCAUCAUGCAGCUGCUGGAGGAAACCCCAGAAGAGAAACAGGCAACUCUGGCCUGACAGCCUCCCCAUCCCACCCCAUCCAUCCCAGCGCCAUCAGCCCAGUUCUUUUUUCCAUGGCACUACUGAAUCCUCGCUCAACAUGCUUCCCAUUGUUGAAUGUUACUGGGUGUUGUGUUUAGCACUGGAAAGGGAGGUGGAGAGUAGCACGGCCAGUCCCACAGCCUGUGGCUGGCCAAAGAUGUCCUCCUUUGGUCACUUGGCCUGAACAGGUUUCUUCUAAUGGGAUCUCCCCAUAGCCGUUUCUCUCCCAUGGGGUGGUGAAAAUGCUGGUCAGCGGCCUGCUGGCUCCUGCUGCUCUCCUUCCCAUUCCUGCCUCCUCGGUGUCCAGGCUGUCCACAGCGCUGAAAUGCCUAAACUCAUCGGUCGUACUCACAUUCCACUCCCUGGACUGAAAAGUAGCUGCUGCUUUAAAAGUUGGAAUUGUUUGAAGAGUUUUUAUAUUUACUGGAUUUGGGUUUUUGUUUUAAGUGAUAUUAGCUGCUUUCUUGCUUUGGCAAACAAACAAACCAGAACAGGAGACAGCUACCUGUGACAACUUGAUACAUGUGAACAAUUAUGUGUUGAGUGAGUGAACACAUUUAACUUGGCUAUUUCAUUUCUUUGUUAAAAAAAGAUGUGAUUCCUUUGCUGGGAACAGGAUUGGGGGGAGGGGGGGGGCUUCGGAAAAACUUGCCUCUGAGUGGUGUUGAUGCAACACUCCCAACUUGUCCAAGGCCUUGGAGCCUAUCUGCUCAUUCCCAUCCAGAUUAAACUGACGCUGCUUCUUGCUAGGUUAUCUGCUGCAGAAUGCUCAUUUUUAAGAGCAAAAAACAACCUCUCCCCCAACCCAACCUCCUUCCUUCCCUUCUUGCAAGGCCAGAGCUUCACAAUCCCAGGGCAUCCUUUUCUUUUUGGGGGUCAGCCUUGGACAAGUAAUUUACUCGUGCAAAUGAGGCCUCCGGCUGCAGCCAUGUCAUCUGUCGUUGAUAUUCCAGGCCUGCCAGAAUAUAGGCCCCUUGUGAAGGGAAGCCUCUUUCGCUGGGCUUGGUGUGAUGAGGAGAAGUUUUUAGAAAAAGUUUUUGAAGCACAACGCCUCAGUUCAUACUUCCAAGAGAUUUUUCUGGGAAGAACUUUCAGUCUUAGAUAAUACGUGAGAUUGUGGGAGAAAGAUUUUAUCCCUAAACAGGCAGUGAAGAAGGAAAAUACUUCACCCCUUUUUACCUGAGUGAGUGAUGGGCAAGGGUCUCUUGCCCCAGUUUCCCAAAUGUGGUUUCAGACCUGAGAAUGCAGUGUAAGGAAUGCAGUGUGUGACCACCCAGAUGUUACCAUAAUUUCCCUCCCCUGUAGGCCACCCCAGCUGUAGCCCCAGGAAGGUCACCCUUUACCCACUUGGCUUUACAUUUGUUCUGAGAAGACUUCUUCAUUCAUGGAUGAGCUCUUGACCAUGCCUGUCUUCCUGAGGCUCCCGCCCUGGGUGGUCCGUGGUCAUCCAGUCGGCCAUCUUCCCUUGCAGCUCCCAGCACAAGCUUCAUCUUGACAAAAGCACAAGGCUUUGCUCCGUAAAAGAA